AGAGCUGCUGCGCUUUUCUCGCGAUACCUUGUUGGGGUUCGCGGAACAGUAUGGCAGCCGUGUCGCUGAGGUCCUGCCGCAGAGGACUUUCACAAAUGUUAAGAAAUGCAGGGCUCGCAGCUCUGCCUUCACAGCACCUACAAGCUGACAGAAGACACAAGUCCACGGUUCAGUUCGCAGCCAGAGCAGACCUUCCCAAGCUGGCCUACAGGAGGCUGAACGGGAAGAGCCCAGGGGUGGUGUUCCUGCCGGGCUAUGGCUCCAACAUGAAUGGGCAGAAAGCCGAGGCGCUGGAGGAGUUCUGCAGGUCGUUAGGGCAUUCAUACCUCAGGUUUGACUACACAGGACAUGGUGCUUCAGACGGGGUGUUAGCCGAGGGAACAGUCGGUACCUGGAAAAAAGAUGUUCUUUUUGUUUUGGAUGAGUUAACAGAGGGACCGCAGAUACUGGUGGGUUCCAGUCUGGGCGGAUGGCUCAUGCUGCUGGCGGCCAUCGCCAGACCAGAGAAGACUGCCGCUCUGGUCGGCAUCGCGUCUGCUGCUGACCACUUCGUCACGUCGUUCAACGCUCUUCCGUUAGAGACCCGCAAGGAGCUGGAGGCCAAAGGGGAGUGGUCGCUGCCCUCCAAACACACAGAGGAAGGUUUUUACAAGUUCAGCAUGGACUUCCUGCGUGAGGCGGAAAACCACUGCGUGCUCCAGAGUCCCAUCCCCAUCACCUGCCCCGUGCGGCUCAUUCACGGCCUCAAAGACGAGGACGUCCCGUGGCACAUCUCCAUGCAGGUGGCGGAGCGCGUCCUCAGCCCCGACGUGGACAUCAUUCUGAGGCGAAACGGCCAGCACCGCAUGUCGGAGAAGGACGACAUCAAGCUUAUGGUCUACACUAUUGACGAUCUGAUAGACAAGCUGACCACCCUGGUGUGAAGGAGGGGAUAGAGGAGAUGUUCAGGAUAUGUAAACAAAGGAGAAUGACUGUUAACUGGGGGGGUCAAGAUGAGAAAAGAAUAACCAAACAGCAUGUUGCUCUGCCAAACCACACCUAUGAUGCAUAAGAUUUCUUUUUCCCCUAUAUUCUGUCUGUCAUCACGUUAACAUGUUGUUAUAUCGCAAGCGGUAAUGAACCCCGAAAUCUUCAGGUUGCAUUUGUAUGUUUCUGGUUGUUGUAUCGAGUAUUAUGUUGAUCGGCCAUCUUUGCUGUUAGGCUCUUUUUCCCUCCAUCUCUUAGUAGACACACAGUUUUUUCCUGUGCCUUUUUUAUCCAGUUUUCAUCUAUUUUUUGGCCAAUAAAACCUCUGCACAGCGUUGUGCAUGUCUGAGGUCUGUGAAAAUCCACACACUCCUUAACUCAGCUGCGCUAAAUCAGAGUGAACGCUGUUGGUGUUAUGCAGAAUACUAGUGCUGACAUUUUACAAACUCACAUGUGAUAGGAAAAAUAAAGGAAUGUUCUUUCAA